CAGAAGAAAGAAAGGCAUACACAUCUGGGAUGGCAUGAGGGUGAGUAAAUAAUGAGAGAAUUUUCAUUUUUGGGUGAACUAUCCCUUUAACCAUCAAAAUUAGUGGACAAUCCAAAAAGCCUCAUUUUACUUUGGAAAUGUGUGGAAUGUAUUUUUUUUCAGCAGCCUGAACAGGAUUUCUUGAUUUGUGUUUGCAUGCAAUAUUUUGUUGAUGUGGUGUGUGUGGAUUCCACCAGUUCUGUUCUCAUAUACGUGUUGUUUAACAGGAUGGAUUUGGACAUGGUGAAUAUGUUCGUCAUUGCCGGUGGGACGUUGGCGAUACCCAUUCUGGCAUUUGUAGCCUCCUUCAUGCUCUGGCCUGCAGCACUUAUUAAAGUCUACCACUGGUACUGGCGAAGAAGGCUAGGGAUGCAGGUGGACUAUUCAGAACAUGAAGGAUAUCGCUUCUGUUAUUCUCACAGAGGGACUCCAGACACACAGCAAUCCUUUCUCAUGUUACACGGCUUCUCUGCACACAAGGACAUGUGGCUCGCUAUAGUCAAGUUUCUCCCUAAAAAUGUGCACUUGGUGUGUGUUGACAUGCCCGGACACGAAGGUACCACACGAACCAGUGCCACGGAUUAUUCCAUAGAGGGCCAAGUUAGACGCAUACAUCAGUUUGUGAAGAGUAUCCAGCUGAACAAAAAGCCUUUCCACCUGAUCGGCACGUCGAUGGGCGGAAACGUCGCCGGAGUUUAUGCUGCACGUCACCCGUCCGAUCUCUGCAGUCUAACGCUCAUCUGUCCGGCAGGUCUUCAGUAUCCCACUGAAAGUAAGUUUGUUCAGCAUUUGAGGAAACUGGAGAUGACUCAGGAUAGUGACAGGAUUCCACUCAUACCCUCCACACCAGAGGAGAUGGAGGAAAUGCUGCAAUUAUGCUUUUAUGUCCGCUUUAAGAUUCCUAAACAGCUUCUUCAAGGACUGGUUGAUGUUCGCAUUCCUAACAAUGACUUCUACCAAGAGUGUUUUAUGGAGCUUGUUGGAGAGAAAUCGAGACACUCAUUACAUGAGAGCAUGCAUCUCAUCUCAGCUCCUCUACAAGUUAUUUGGGGAAAAAAUGACCAGGUGCUAGACAUGUCUGGAGCUUCGGUUCUCGCUGAGGCCGUUCCUGGUUGCCAGGUUCAUCUCUUAGACAACUGUGGCCACUCUGUAGUGAUGGAACGGCCAAGAAAAUCUGCCCAGCUCAUCAUGGACUUUAUCAUCGCACAACAGAACACAAGCAGCAACAGCAAGAAGAAACUUUCAUAAGACUAGACUGUAUAUUUGUACAAUGUAUGGGUUGGUGGUUGCAUAAAAGCUAUGGAUCUCAGCUGCAAACACAAAGUUGUUGGUUCAGUCUCAAGAAAUUGAAAAAUUACUGAGAUCAUAGUACUGCUAUUGUAUCUAUAAGCUUGGCACUCAGUUGUACGGUGCUGAGACCAUUCAUACAUUUUAUGCACUAAAAGCUAAAUAAGAAGUACCAAUAUUUUCCACUUUUUACAUAAUAAGUAAGUUUAUUUUUAAGUGAACGCACACUAACCACUGAGUUAAAGAGAAGCACUUCAGAAACUAUGCACAAACUAAUCAGCGUCACUGCAUACAGUAGGUAUUGCAGUCAGGGUCCGAAAUUAAUUUCUUAGUCUACCAGCCACUAGUGAACUAAUUCAUCAGCCAAUCAGAGUUUUUUGCCAUCCAGUUUAUUUUACAAGUGGAUUUGACAGACAUGAGAGACAAAUAAACAAUACUGUUUGCAAGUUUAAAAGUGAAAUGCUUUUUGUUAUUGUAUUAUUUACGAAAAAUAUAAUUGGCUGAAAGUCCAUUUUAGAGUUCUUUUUCAGAUUACAGCAAAACUCAUAAUGUGUAUUUUAAACUAGCUGAACAUUUUAUAUGACCAACCUGUCAUUAACGAAGUAACAGUUCUUGGUUUUAUUUCCAGUGAGUCAAUUUAUUCAGUCUGAUUCUUCCAGUCACUUGUCCGACUGAUUCAUAUGUCUUUUUGAUUCACUAAAAGAACCGGCUCAAAAGAGCCAUUUGCUCAAAAGACCACAUUGGUUGCACAUUAUGUUUCACGCUGUAGAUUCAGUAGCAGUGUUGUGGCGCCGCUGAGUGGUAGUGCAGAAAAUUAUUAUAGUAUGAGUUUCUGUCUGAAUCGGCGUUCGAGAAACAUUGACAGAACUGACUGCAUGAAAAUCAUUUGGUUCUGGUAUUUUAAUGCAAUCAUUUUUGGAGAACUUGUGUGGCAGUGGGUAAUUAAACUUACAUCAACUCGAAAUCUGAGAAAGUCUUACCACUUCUUGAUGGCGUGAACGGCUCUGGA